CAACUUAGCAUUUCAAGUAUAAUAUCUGGAUAUUACGUUGCGCUGAUAUUACAACGCGUUGAAACGUGCAUGACAUAGAGAAAAUAAAAUAAAGGAAGGUUAGAUCAGUUCUGUCCUUUUUCAACUUGCGGAGCAACGCGGCUGGAUGUUACUUGAUUUCCUAUGUUACUUUAACCUAAGAAUCACAGCUAAGAAUCAAUUUUAACCACGUUUCCGAUUGAUCGGUCGAGUUAAAAUAUUUUCAUAUUUCUAAUACCUGUACGGUAUUACCUACAAGUAAUAAUUGCUGUCGAGACACAAUUUGAAGUCACUUCGGGGAUUUGAGGACUUUGCAAUGAAGGUAUAUGAUAGUGAAUUAUCUUCUUGCACACACUUAACUUUGAAUGAUGAAUGAUGAAUAGAAAUUUCGUAGUUUUCUAACAUAAUUUACAGUGCCAAUAACCAUUACAACUAGUUCAUCUGGGAGGCUGGAGUCUCAAAUUCAAAUUCAAGAGAUUGAAUUUGAAGGGCCAGAACAAACAUUUUUAUUUUUAAAUCAACAAGACCGCCUCAUAUUAACAUUUUUGUCUACAUUUUCAAUUACUACUAGAAUGGCAAAUUAAAGUAUAAAAAAGAGGUAAUGGGGAUUAUUUGUCUCUUGUCUUCAUCUAUGCACCUUACUACAAUUCUAGCACGCGCUCAUCUCACUCUAUAAUCUACACAUGCACAUUCAAAUUAUAAAUUGCCGGCAUAACCUAAAAAUAUGUUUUUAUUUGCCCUCAUCAGACGAGAUCAUCUAUAAAUUAUAUCUAUUUAUUUAAAUUUUUUAUUGAUCUUCAUUGAUUAUGAGUGCCGAAGUUGAGAAUAAAAGUGAUCCCAUCGAAAUGGAUGAUAAAUGUGAGAUGACCCAGGAGACUGUCGGAGAGAUCAGCCCGGCAGAUGAAGACCCAUAUGCAUAUUUAAGCAGGGACUUUUCUUCGGAAAAUUUUAAAAUUGAGAUAAAGAACAUGCCAAGGUACUAUGGUAUAUGUGAAUUCCGAAAGCUUUUAAAUAAUACAUUGAAACUAAAUUCAAACAAAAUCAAAACUCCUAAACGAAACAGCUCUUACGCAUUUGUGUGCUUUCGCAAUGAGGAAGAUAGGGAUAAAGCUAUCAAAGUUUUAACGGAAUAUAAAUGGAAAGGAAAGCAGCUUCACGCUAUUUAUGCUAAGCCAAGUGCUGAUCCAUUGGUCAAAAAACGAAAAAAAGAAUUUGACGAUAAUAAUGCGUCGAAGAAACAAAAAAAUUAUAAUUUACCAGUGAAUGAUCAAAUCAAAUUGUCUACAAUUCCCUUGGUUGAUACUGAAUAUGAAAAACAGUUAAGUUUGAAACAAGAAGAAAUUGCAUCUAUUCUAUGCAAUUUAGGUAAGGAUCUUGCUAGUGCUAAUUUGGAAAUUCAGAGUUACAUUGAAAAACAACAGGAAAAAUAUAAUGGACUACCUUGCGAAUUAAUGGAUAUUAGAUUCUCCAAUGAAAUAAAUGGCUAUCGCAAUAAAUGUGAAUUUACAAUCGGAAUUAAUCAAGAAAAUCAAUUACCCACAGUAGGAUUCAGAAUUUGCGCAUAUGUAAAUGGCACUACUGCUAUUGGCCCUGUGGAACAUUUAGAUCACAUACCUGACUCUAUGAAAUUAGCUGUAAAGGUUUUUGAAGAGUUUGUUCGUUCCUCGGACUUGGAAGUUUUCAACGCAGAAUUUCAAACUGGUCAUUUAAAACAAUUCAGUGUCCGAACAGCUCCUGAACAGCUAAUGGUUAUUGUGGGUAUACAUCCUCAAAAACUACCCAGCGAGAAAAUUGCGGAAUUCAAAGAGAAGUUGAUAGAAUUUUUUUCCAAAGGCCCUGGCAAAGAUGCUAAAGUAACAUCUUUAUACUAUGAGGAGAUCGUCAAAAGAGGUCCUGGCGAAUCCCGUAUCCCAGCUACUUUCCUAUGGGGCGAAACGCAUAACUUCGAAACAAUAAUGGGUUUAAAAUUUCGAAUAUCUCCCGAAGCUUUCUUUCAAGUGAAUACGAAAGCGGCUGAAGUUUUAUAUCAGUCAGCUAUUGAAUUGGCUGAACCGACCGAAAACUCUACUAUGAUCGAUGUUUGUUGCGGCACAGGAACUAUUGGGCUUAGUUUCGCAAAGCAUUGUGGUCAAAUAUUGGGCUUGGAAAUUGUUCCGCAAGCAAUUGUAGAUGCCAAAGAAAAUACAAUCAUUAAUAAUAUUACAAAUAGCGAUUUUUUUGUGGGGAAAGCUGAAGAUAUCUUGGGCUCCGUUUGUUACAAUUCAAAGUUUGAAGAUGUGUUUGCCGUUGUAGAUCCCCCUAGAGCCGGAUUACACCAAAAAGCCGUUCAGCAGCUUCGAAAAAUAAAAAAAAUUAACCGACUAAUCUACAUUUCAUGCAACCCAAAAAUGGCAUCGAAGAAUUUCGUAGAUUUGGGGCGUCGCGAGACGAAAUAUUUACAAGGAGAGUGUUUUGUACCUGUUAAAGCAGUAGCAGUCGAUUUAUUUCCUCAUACGAAUCAUUGUGAGUUAGCAAUAUUGUUCAAGAGGUGGGAUUUGGUCAAAAAGGAAUUGCCUACUAUUGAUUAACUAACUUGCCGUUAAGACAAUAGAUUUGUUCCACAAUGUGUGUUGACAAAGGUUCCCAUAUUUUUGAAAUAAUUAAAUGAGACGUAAUUAAAUUAUGUAUUAGAUUGGUAACUAAUCUACACAUGUUUUGUUGAUAUAUAACAGUCUUGAGACAUGAUGGUGUGUGAAUUGUAUAAUUAUCAUAGACAUACAAUAACACCCUGAAUCAUUAAAUAGUAAUCACAUUUAAUAAAUACGCUAUAAUAUUAAGGUUUUGCACUGGAUAAUUUAAGUAAUAUAACAUCUUCUGGAUAAAGUAACUGCAAUUAAUUUAAAUAAAUGCAGAGGUUACUUUCAUGUAAAAGCAGGAAACAUUUUUUUUGGUGUAUUUAAUUACCGAAGUAAUUUGUACUGUUUAGUUAAAUCUUGCUUAAUAGAUACUUGUUGGACAAAAAAAAAACAAAGUAAAUUUUAAAGAAUUGCACUAGUGUAAUAAAUAAAUAUUUCUGGAAUUUACUAGGAUUUUAGCAUUAAAACUUUAAAACUAGCAAAAUAAGAUAGGUCUUACUAUUAAAGCAUUAAAGCAUAUUAUGUGA